ACAUUUCAUCAAACACCUUUGUAUCACUAACAUUACCCACCAUUUUUUUUUGUUCAAUGGCAUUAACUUUAUCUUUUUCUCUUCCUCUUCCUUCUCUUCACCAAAAAAUUCCAUCAAAAUACUCUACAUUUCGUCCUAUUAUUGUUUCUUUAUCCGAUAAAUCAACAAUCGAAAUAACCCAACCUAUAAAAUUAUCUACCAGGACUAUACCCGGCGACUAUGGGUUGCCGGGUAUUGGUCCAUGGAAAGAUAGGCUUGAUUAUUUUUAUAAUCAAGGAAAAAAUGAUUUUUUCGAAUCAAGAAUUGCAAAAUACAAAUCAACUAUAUUUAGAACGAAUAUGCCACCGGGACCAUUCAUCACUUCCAACCCGAAGGUAAUUGUUUUGCUCGACGGCAAGAGUUUUCCGGUACUUUUCGAUGCAUCGAAAGUUGAAAAGAAGGAUCUCUUCACCGGAACUUUCGUGCCGUCGACUGAACUCACCGGUGGUUAUCGUAUUCUUUCGUAUCUCGACCCAUCUGAACCAAACCAUGAAAAAUUGAAAAAGUUGAUGUUCUUCCUUCUUUCUUCACGUCGUGAUCAUGUUAUACCUGAGUUCCAUGAAACUUAUACAGAGCUUUUCGAAACCCUAGAUAAGGAAAUGGAGGAAAAAGGUACAGUUGGUUUUAACUCCGGCAGUGAUCAAGCUGCGUUCAAUUUCUUAGCUCGGUCGUUAUUUGGAGUUAACCCAGUGGAAACUAAGCUCGGAACUGAUGGUCCGGCAUUGAUCGGAAAAUGGAUUUUGCUUCAGCUUCAUCCUGUGAUAACUCUCGGUCUUCCGAAGUUUCUAGACGACGUACUCCUCCAUACUUUCCGAUUACCUCCGAUUCUGGUGAAGAAAGAUUAUCAGAGACUUUACGAUUUCUUUUACACCAACUCCGCCAAUUUGUUCAUCGAAGCUGAAAAACUUGGCAUUUCUAAAGAUGAAGCUUGUCAUAAUCUUCUCUUCGCUACUUGCUUCAAUUCCUUCGGUGGGAUGAAGAUUUUCUUCCCGAAUAUGCUGAAAUCGAUAGCGAAAGCAGGGGUGGAGAUCCAUACCCGUUUAGCAAACGAGAUCCGAUCGGAAGUAAAAUCCGCCGGCGGGAAGAUCACGAUGUCGGCGAUGGAGAAAAUGCCGUUGAUGAAAUCAGUAGUAUAUGAAGCUUUACGAGUUGAUCCUCCGGUAGCUUCACAAUACGGAAGAGCCAAACAGGACCUUAAGAUCGAAUCACACGACGCCGUUUUCGAGGUGAAAAAGGGUGAAAUCCUAUUCGGGUACCAACCAUUUGCAACGAAGGAUCCGAAAAUUUUUGACCGGCCGGGAGAGUUCGUCGCCGAUCGGUUCGUCGGAGAAGAAGGAGAAAAAUUAUUGAAACAUGUAUUAUGGUCUAACGGACCGGAAACGGAAAGUCCUACAGUGGGGAAUAAACAGUGCGCCGGAAAAGAUUUCGUUGUGAUGGUUUCGAGAUUAUUCGUAACGGAGUUUUUUCUCCGUUACGGUACACUCAACGUCGACGUUGGCACGUCGGCGUUAGGGUCUUCAAUUACUAUUACUUCUUUGAAAAAAGCUUAAUUUUAAAUCGAGGUCGAGAUCGAGAUCGAAAUUUGGUCUACACUGUCACUAUCGGCCAGUGUAUGUGUUGUUUGUAAUUAUAAUUUCAGUAAUGUUUUCACAAAAUGGGUGAA